AAUGGGAGGGGGGGAAGGGAACGGCGAAUUGGCGUCUUUGAAUUCUCCGCAAGCUCGCUUUUUCUUCUUCUUCUGCGAACUGGAAAGUGGCGAGUGAGUGUGGAUCAGUGUCAGCUCAGCCAUGGCAGCCUCUGCUCCGAGCUCCAUCUUCUUCCCUCAGCCUAUCAGCCAGUCAAAGGGGCCUCAUCUCUCUCCCCUCUCUCUCCCCCUCUCGCGAUCUCAUCCCCUCUCGUUGAAAUCACACCGCCCUUCAAAUCUCAGGAUCAGAUGCUCCUCCAGUGGCGACGGAGACAGCUCCGACAUCCCGAUUGAGAAGAAAUAUCCGGCAUUCCCCACAGUGAUGGAUAUCAAUCAGAUACGCGAGAUUUUGCCUCAUAGGUUUCCGUUUCUCCUAGUUGAUAGAGUAAUCGAGUACAAACCUGGUGUCUCUGCGGUUGCAAUAAAGAAUGUCACUAUUAAUGACAACUUCUUUCCUGGGCAUUUUCCUGAGAGGCCCAUAAUGCCUGGUGUUCUCAUGGUUGAGGCAAUGGCUCAGGUAGGUGGAAUAGUCAUGCUGCAGCCUGAAGUGGGAGGUUCUCGGGAGAACUUCUUCUUUGCAGGAAUCGACAAGGUCAGGUUCAGGAAGCCCGUGAUUGCUGGAGAUACCUUGGUCAUGAGGAUGACGCUUGUGAAGCUUCAGAAGCGUUUCGGAAUCGCUAAGAUGGAAGGGAAGGCGUAUGUUGGUGGAGAAGUAGUUUGUGAAGGUGAGUUCUUGAUGGCCAUGGGAAGUGAUUGAUUUGCAGGUACAUUCUUGUUUAUCCACAGACUUCAGUUUUGAUUGCUUAGUUCAGAGGGAACCUAGGCUUGUUUGUAUGGUGAUUAUGUGACUGAGGGGAUGGAUUUUUUCUCAAAUGACCGGAAAUAAUAGCUGUUCUAACAUCAACAUGGUUUGUUCUCACAUA